AUGGCCGGGUUAUUAGAAAAGAGCCGCAAAGCCAUCACGAGGGUGUUUGGUGAUAAAGAGAAUGCCCAUGCGCAUCUAACUCCAGAUAGUGUCGUCCAGCGUAGUAGCGCAGCGAUUUCUCCAUUCGAGCCAUUUAUUGAACAAAUACCAACAACGAGAGAAUGGAUCAUAGACCAAUUAUCGGGUGGGGCCAAUCCUAUUUCAUAUUUUCUCGGCCUUCUACCCUUCCUUGGUUGGCUUCGACGAUAUAAUAAACGAUGGCUAGUUGCUGAUCUCAUCGCUGGUUGUACACUUAGUCUGGUGAUGAUCCCACAGGGGUUAUCCUAUGCGAUAUUGGCCAAUAUAAGCCCUGAAUUUGGACUUUUUACAACGUUUGCAGGUGCUUCACUGUACUGGCUAUUCGGAACAUCUAAGGACAUAUGCGUUGGGGCCACUGCAGUAAUAUCUCUCCUCGUUGGCAAGACGGGUAUGAAUGUGGUUGACAGAUACCCAAAUUUUACCCUCGAAGAAAUUGCCAAAACUCAGGCAUUCUUAUCUGGCUGCGUUUUCCUUGUCCUUGGUCUGUUGCGAUUAGGAUGGAUCGUCGAGUUAAUACCCCACGUGGCUAUUUCGGCGUUUGUCACUGCUGCGGCAAUCACCAUCGCUCUCGGACAGGUACCCAACCUACUAGGAAUCACAGGCGUAAAUACAAGGGGUUCCGCUUAUCAAGUCUUCAUCGAUAGCUGCCGGGGGCUCAGGCGAGUCAAGAUAGAUGCUGCGGUGGGACUAACCGCCUUGUUACUACUGAUGUCGAUAAAGCGUUUAUUCGGGUACUUAGCCGUACGGACGCCUCAUCGAAAAAAGACGUGGGAUACGCUUUCUUCACUUCGGCUGUCGCUCACCGUUUUCCUCUAUAUAGUGGUCAGUUAUCUGGUUAACAGGAAUCUGCCACCAGAAGAAUUCAAGUUUCGCAUACUCGGACACAUCCCAGCAGGCUUUGGUCAUAUUGGGCCUCCAAGCUUUCAACCCGACUUAAUAAGAAGCCUUCUAUCUGAGCUCCCGGCCACGACCAUCGUUAUUAUUGUGGAACAUAUCGCUAUCGGCAAGUCUCUAGGGCAGAAGAACGACUACACUAUAGCACCAUCACAGGAGUUAGUCGCACUCGGCGGAAUAAAUCUAGCUGGUCCAUUUAUUGGCGCUUACGCUUCAACGGCUUCAUUCGGCGGUAGCGCUCUGUUGUCGAAGGCCCGCGCUAAAACGCCCUUGGCUGGGAUCUUCAAUGCGGUUAUUCUCGUGCUUGUUCUGUAUGUCCUAGGCCAGGCCUUGUAUUGGACUCCAGUUGCUACCAUGGCGGCUCUUAUUAUACAUGCGGUAAUCAGUCUGCCUAUGUCUCUAAGUGAGCUACAUAAGCUGUGGCUGAUAUCACCGCCAGACCUUGUCAUUUAUUCUAUUGGACUCCUAACGUCGGUUUUUAGUACUCUCGAAAAUGGAAUCUAUGUCACCACGGCUUUAUCUGCGUGCCUCCUCUUUAUCAGACUCAUUCACGGGCAGGGGCAGCUUCUCGGCCGAGUUCAAGUUUACCAGUAUCCGAACUCCCGCUCACGAAACACAGCUACGACUGAUCCAUCGCUAAUAUCCACAACACCCUCAAGGGAUGCUUUCUUCCGGAUCGAUCGAAAAGACGCCUCCAACCCGUCUGUCCACGUUGAAUCUCCCCGUCCCGGUGUAUUUAUCUAUCGUUUCCCGGAGGGUUUCAAUUACGUCAAUCAAGCCCAACAUAUGGAAUUUCUCUACACAUACGUCGUAAAAGAAACAUGUCGAACUACCCCACUUGAAUACAAGAAUCCUGGUGAUCGACCGUGGAAUGAGCAUGCCUUGUGUGUUUCCUCGGACCAACCUGGUUCGGAGACAUCCAAGCCAACUUUAAAAGCAUUAAUCCUCGACUUCUCUACCGUAAGCAACAUCGACACAGACGCAAUACACAGAUUGGUUGUUCUUCGCAAGCAAUUAGAACGCUGGUCGUCCCCAGACACCGUUCAAUUCCACUUUGCGAGCGUAGACGACCGCUGGGUACGCAGGGCGUUGGUUAUGGCCGGGUUUGGCUACCCAAGCCAAAGAGAACUGGAAGCCCCCAUCCCCUGGUCCCCGGUCUUCAGUCUCGCGAAGAAGAAUAAUGCACCGGAAACAACUCCCGACGGGGUGCUUGGAGGACCCUCUAGUGUUCCUAGGAGGGAUAUUGAAAAUGCAGAAAUCGAGAACUCUAAUGGGGAAGCAAUUCCGAUGGGUCCUGGGCAACUGGCAGUUACGCAUGGCGUCAACUAUCCGAAUUUCCACGCAGAUCUGUCGGCUGCCGUACAGGCUGUGUCUGCGUUCGCUACUCAAGGCGAGAGUUUUGUAAGAGUUUGA